GGGGACGGGAGGACGCGGCGGUGGCGGCUCCAGUCGCGUCUGUCCUCACUCACGGGGGAACCCGGCGGUGGCGGCACCUUUCCAGGAACUGACGCCGAGCCGGAGCCUGCGGGCUGGCCAGAGAGCACGGUCGGACAGCUGGACGGCGCCGCCGACGGACGCACGGACUGCGGGGCAGCCCGAGUCGCCUCAAGUUCCGCCAUGAGCUGGGGCACGGAGCUCUGGGAUCAGUUCGACAGCUUAGACAAACACACACAAUGGGGAAUUGACUUCUUGGAAAGAUAUGCCAAGUUUGUUAAAGAAAGGAUAGAAAUUGAACAGAAUUAUGCAAAACAAUUGAGAAAUCUGGUUAAGAAGUACUGUCCCAAACGUUCAUCCAAAGAUGAAGAGCCAAGGUUUACUUCGUGUAUAGCCUUUUUUAACAUCCUUAAUGAGUUAAAUGACUACGCAGGACAACGAGAGGUAGUAGCAGAAGAAAUGGCACACAGAGUGUAUGGGGAAUUAAUGAGAUAUGCCCAUGACCUGAAAACUGAAAGGAAAAUGCAUCUCCAAGAAGGACGGAAAGCUCAACAGUACCUUGACAUGUGCUGGAAACAGAUGGAUAAUAGUAAAAAGAAGUUUGAGAGAGAAUGUAGGGAGGCAGAAAAGGCACAGCAGAGUUACGAAAGAUUGGAUAAUGAUACUAAUGCAACCAAGGCAGAUGUUGAAAAGGCCAAACAACAGUUGAACCUGCGCACACAUAUGGCUGAUGAGAAUAAAAAUGAAUAUGCUGCACAGUUACAGAACUUUAAUGGAGAACAACACAAACAUUUCUACGUGGUAAUUCCCCAGAUUUACAAGCAAUUACAAGAAAUGGAUGAACGAAGGACUAUUAAACUCAGUGAAUGUUACAGAGGAUUUGCAGACUCAGAACGUAAAGUUAUUCCUAUCAUUUCAAAGUGUUUGGAAGGAAUGAUCCUUGCAGCAAAAUCAGUGGAUGAAAGAAGAGAUUCUCAAAUGGUGGUAGACUCCUUCAAGUCUGGUUUUGAACCUCCUGGGGACUUCCCAUUUGAAGAUUAUAGUCAGCAUAUUUACAGAACCAUAUCUGAUGGGACCAUCAGCACAUCCAAACAGGAGAGUGGGAGGAUGGAUGCCAAAACCACAGUAGGAAAGGCCAAGGGCAAAUUAUGGCUCUUUGGAAAGAAGCCAAAGCCACAGUCCCCACCCUUAACCCCUACUAGUUUAUUCACAUCCAGUACUCCUAAUGGGUCCCAGUUUCUCACUUUCUCCAUUGAGCCCGUGCAUUAUUGUAUGAAUGAAAUAAAAACAGGGAAGCCCAGAAUUCCUUCUUUCAGAAGCCUCAAACGAGGGUGGUCGGUGAAGAUGGGCCCAGCACUAGAAGAUUUCAGUCAUCUUCCACCAGAACAGAGGCGUAAAAAGUUACAGCAGCGCAUCGAUGAACUGAACAGAGAACUACAGAAAGAAUCAGACCAAAAAGAUGCACUCAACAAAAUGAAAGAUGUGUAUGAGAAAAAUCCACAGAUGGGAGAUCCAGGGAGUUUGCAGCCUAAGUUAGCUGAGACCAUGAAUAACAUUGAUCGCCUACGAAUGGAAAUCCAUAAGAAUGAGGCUUGGCUUUCUGAAGUUGAAGGCAAAACAGGUGGAAGAGGAGACAGAAGACACAGCAGUGACAUAAAUCAUCUUGUAACACAAGGGCGAGAAAGUCCUGAGGGAAGUUACACUGAUGAUGCAAACCAAGAAGUCCGUGGGCCGCCUCAACAACAUGGUCAUCACAACGAGUUUGAUGAUGAAUUUGAGGAUGAUGAUCCCUUGCCUGCUAUCGGUCAUUGCAAAGCGAUUUACCCUUUUGAUGGACACAAUGAAGGUACUCUGGCAAUGAAAGAAGGUGAGGUUCUGUACAUUAUUGAAGAAGACAAAGGUGAUGGAUGGACAAGAGCCCGGAGACAGAACGGUGAAGAAGGCUACGUUCCCACGUCAUACAUAGAUGUAACUCUAGAGAAAAACAGUAAAGGUGCAGUAACUUAUAUCUAAACUAAUCAGGCAGCUUUGUGCCAUGCAUGACAUAAGAAGGAUAACAUAAAAUGACACAACCAAAAGGUCAGAAAGAUGAGAACCUGGAGAGCAUCGCAGUCUAUUGUUCACUGUGUGAGCGGAGUGCAGGCUUGAUCUUGGAGAUGUGACUAUUGCCACAAAAAUUGUUUUGUGAUGCCUUAUCGUUUAAGUAAUGUUGGUGUGAAGUUUAACUGAUGCCUUCUGCUCUACGUCCUGCUUAAGUCUGUGUGAAGGAUUUGUUUUUCUGCCUUAUAAAUAAUAGGAUUUAGUUACUGGGCAGGAAUUCAUAUUUACUUCAGAAAAGACAGAGACUAUAGUGAACUCAAAUAAGUAAAACUGCUCUGAAAUGGUGGAGUAAAUGAUUCCCAAAAGAGUGGUUUGUUCUAAGAGUUUGAAUUUAUAGAUUUGUGUCUCGGGAGAAAAGUAAUAGAUAACUGGGUAAAACAAUAAUCAUUUUUCUUUUUCUCCCUAUUCUUAACUGGUUUUGUAAAGAAAGAAAAUAAGCACCUACUGCAUCAUCUAUUUAAGCAAUAGGCUAAUCAAGAGACUUGUAAAAUUACUCGGUCUAGCUUUCUUUUUAGAUAUCAAAAUGCUUUCAGAUUUAUGGUAAUUUUUAAUAAUGUACAAACUUUUUCCCAAAUUAAUCUCAUGCUUGUAUUUUUCAUCUUGAAAAUAUCUUUUGGGAAUAUCUCUUAGCGAUUACUCAGCAUUUGGCAUUUAUACAUAGGAAAAUAGAUUUUAAAUAAUUGAAGACAGAGGAAAUCUUGAAGGGAAAUACUGAUCGUUUACUUUUAGAACAGAAACAACUUUUUUGGCUGGGUUAAAGGAAGACCCUGCCCCAUCAUUUAGGGCUUCAUUUUACCUGGUUUGCUACUAUUAGAAUAGAUUGUGGUGUUUUUUCCCCCAUUGUCAUUCAAAAAGCAUUUUUGGAAACGUCGUAUAAUCAAGGAUUAUACAGUGGGCUGCCCUUGUGAUUACAUUAAUUUAGUUGUGAGGAAGCUGUAAAGCUGCCCCUUGAUUUUGCUUAUGUCUCAUAUUUUCCUGGUGUUUUCAGUAGCUGAUUGUAAAAUUAUUUUAGAGACAUUUGGGACAGACACUGUAUCUGAACACCCCUUUUAGUCUUACCAAAGGUCUUCAGUAAUCCUUCUUUUCUUUUUCCUCCUGGACUGCAGGUUCCUGAAGAGGGGUUCUGAGGAAAUGGGCAAGAUGUUGAAGGAGGUUACAUGCAGCUGCUUUUGGGGGAGAGGGGGUAGAGUUGUCAGGCUCAGAGAGAGUGAGAGAAGCAAGUUGCAUGAAUGCAUGCAGACAUGAUUUUUUUUUUACUAACUUCAUUAGCAUUUCCAUAUAUUGUUUUUAAACAAUCACUAUAAUACCAAUCCUUAAAUUCCUAGUGCACCAUUACUUACAUGGAAGAAAGAUGAAAAGCCUACAGUGGCUGAGCCUCUUUUUGUUUAUUUUACUGAUGUCCAAAUCAGAAACAAAGCAGAGCUGUCAUAAAAUGUUCUUACUUUUAGCUAUCUUAUCAGGACUAUGUCUAUCGAGCUCUGUUCUAAGUGGCUUUUCAAUCCAUUGUCUGUUAGAGCCUCUUCCAUCUGUCUGUCUGCCUGCGCCACCUACGUGCUUGCUUAACAUCCUGUUGCAUGUCUAAAGUGACCAGGCUUAGAUUUUCAGGCAUGUCUUUAUAAUCCCUUGUUCUUGUCGAAGUCUUUGUGUUGUUUUACAUUUGUAGUGCAAAUUACUUUUGUCAAAUGUCUCCAGCACUAAUGUUCCAUCUUAGUGUUUGUGUAUGCUGCUAUAACUUCCCCACUGCAAACAUUCCAGUUUUGACAUUACGACGAUGUAGUCUGUGAACCUGAAGCAUUUCUGAUGAGAAAAAGAAACCACCUGAUCUAGCCUACAGCCCAGUUAACAGAUCUCUGAAAUGUGAUACAUCUUCUGCACCUCAGUCUGGGAAGAACCAGUAGUGAGCAUUGAAGUCCUGGCAUAAUAAACACAGAAGAAACUUUUCCACCUCAAGACACAGGACUAUUGUCACAAGUCAGCUGCUUCCAUUCAAAUGCUGCCUUAAACGAGAGUGCCUAAAUCUGUUGAUUGCCAACACUACCACACCAGUAUCUCAUAAAGGGCUUUAUGUGUCAGCUCAGUGCGACCUCUUUUAACUCUGCCGCCCUGUUGCAGCUGCCAAUGUAGCCUUGGUAGGUGGCUUUCGGAGCUCUACCAUGUACACUGGUGCAUCUUCAAAGUUAUGCAUCACACUGAAGACAUGUUUGAGCCCAUUUUAGCGUUUUUAUGAGAAGUUUUGUGGACCUCCCCUACCCCCACCAUUGUCUUUUAAUUUGGGAUUAAGAUGAUGUCACUUGAUUCUUGCGAUGAUAGUCUUGUUUCCAAGUGAUGCUUUUGUUUGAACCAGAUAAAAUUUAGUGAAACUUUGUAAUGAUCUAUGUGCACUUUUACUUGUAAAAUGGAAAUUUCUGUAUGUUUAUACCUGUAAAUAUAUUUGUUGUUAGGGGCCCUAUCGCUCAUGUCGUCCCGCCUGGCAUUUGUGAUUCUGUUGAUGACUUGUACCUGAGCUACUUUCUUAGUGGUGGUGUAACCGGGGUGGGUGGGAUGGGAGGGGUUAUUUGUAUCGCUGAUGCGCUCCAUUAAUUUGGUUUUUACUGGUUUGAACGGAGAAAGAGAACGUGAAAUGGUCUGUGUAUUAUUGGAUUUUAAGCAAUAUUUUAGAAGCCGUGUGACUGCUUUUAAUAAUUUUUCCCAGUGUUAAUUGAAUCAUGCCCUCAUUUAUACUAAAGCUGAAUGACAAUUGUGUGAAAGCUAAUGCUGUCAUAAGAUCAAGUACACCACAGCUGACAUAUAAUGUAUUGCUUUUGAGGCUAGUAAACUAUAAAGUUUAGAUAUUAAAUCUCGUUACAGGGUUAUUUAUAUAAUGUGACAUUAUUCAGUACUAACUACAUGAAGUAGUUUUAAAAGCUAGUGCUGUUUUUAUUUUAAAGGUUACAGUGAGAAGGAAAUGUGAUCCGGCUGUGUUUGUCUUCUGUACAGAGCCUGAAGUGCUUAUGUUUUUUUGGCCAUCAGCCACAGAGGGCAAAGUUUAAAGCUUUCUUGUAAGGACUAACUGUUCUUUCCAAGCUACUGUUUGUUUUUCUAAAUACAGGAUUUGCUUCCGUAGGAGGCAAGUUCCUCCAUGUAGAAUAGUGCAACCUGCAACCGGUUCUUACAAUAGGACAAACAUUUGUACGCGUACAGUUUAAAUCAUUCUGAAAUCAUUCUUAAAUUUUGAACAUGUGAAUUGUCCAAAAGAAAUCUUUAAUUUUGCAGGUAUUUUUACUCUUUGUGCACAUGUUGAUUUCAAAAUGGUAAAUGCUUUGUUUAAGAUAGUGUUCUCUGUUGAGAAUAUUUUCAUGGAAUAAAACAAACUUUUCAUGGUCA